AUGGAGCCACGGCAGCUGUUCCGUGAUUCCCCGGCUGCGACAGCAACCUCCGCCAUCAUCGCUGGUCGCGCUGGUUGCUCUUCUAUAAACCUACCUCUAGGGGGGGUUCUUACACUAUUCAAUGGCGAUACCAUUACUCUCACCAGUGAUGCUGUUUUCAUGCCGGCCUGCAGGCUGGCUUCCGGGUCUCCAGCAAUUUUCGGGAGUGGCGGUGGAACGUUGACCUUGGCCGAUACUGGGACCGCUUCCGACCUUGCGUCCCCUCCGGGUGACGUUCAGUCUGAUUUUUCGGACUUCCAAGAGCCGUUCUAUGCUUCGACAUUCCCGGUAUGCUACGCCCUCGCGGCGACCACUGUGGUGGCAUAUACGUUGGUCAUUAUGCUCUUCAUUACCCCGAGAUCAUUUUUUGAUGGCGGAGUCGUGGUGCUUGGCCGCAAGAGCUUCACGAGCGGCGGCACUGGAACGAGCAUUGGCGGUCGUCCCUGGCUACAAAAAGUCGCGGCGCUGACUGUCGCCAUCUCCUUGACCAUCGCAUCUGCCGCCACGUUCCGCGUUGCCGAGACACAGUAUUCCAAUGGCUACCAGCGAGCGGAAACUUUGCAACAAGAAGUUUUGGGUGGCACUGAGCUCAAGGUCAUUCGCAUCAUCUCAAACACUUUUCUGUGGCUUGCCCAAGCGCAGACUUUGAUCCGACUAUUUCCCCGCCAAAGAGAAAAGGUUAUCAUUAUGUGGACCGCCUUUGCUCUUAUUACGUUGGAUGUUAUCUUCCAGUCGCUCGACAGUUUCCAGUACACACAGGGAUCUAACAGGUUGAGCUCCUUUACGGAUGCGGUUCCCGCGCUGAGCUACCUAUUUGCGUUGGCUUUAGGGGUUCUUUACGCCGCCUGGGUCAUUUAUUACGCCUUGAUGAAGAAGCGAUAUGCGUUCUACCACCCGCAGAUGAAGAACAUGUGCCUGGUGGCCAUGUUGUCGCUUCUUGCUAUUUUCGUGCCCAUCGUCUUCUUCAUAUUGGAUAUAUCCCAGCCCAGUUUCACCGGGUGGGGCGAAUAUGUCAGAUGGGUGGGAGCAGCGGCCGCCAGUGUGAUUGUGUGGGAAUGGGUGGAAAGAAUCGAAGCGCUAGAGCGAGAAGAGAAGAAAGAUGGGAUUCUGGGCAGAGAAGUAUUUGACGGCGAUGAGAUGCUCGAGAUGCCGCCACCAGACAUGAACCAGCCGAGGAGAAUGAAUAGGGGCUCGGGCGACGACCCAAAGAGCAAUAGCCGCGGCCGGCACGACGGCCCAGGCAGCGGGCUGGGAAAUAUCUGGCCUGCUGUUACUUCGAUCACGUCGAGAUAUGCUGGUCGGUCUCGAUUAAAAGCCGGGGCGACCAAUAACCCAGAAGAAACGACAACUGCCCAGCCCUCCAACCACGACAGGAUACGAUUCUUACAGCCGCCGCUGUGGCCAGCUCGUCCUGCACCAGCCGUCACACCUAUCAGUCGGACAGACACUGCCAGUGCUGAAAGCACUGUAUACGCCAUCCGGUAUCAUCCGCUGACGGAAACUACAUCACGCACCACCUCGCCCCCACCACAAGAUAAUUUACCCAGAUCUCGGGGUGGUAGUAUCGCCUCUAGCCAUAAUAGUGAUGGUGAAAGCACGAGCCCUGGGCCAGAAUUAUCGGUGAAAAUGACCCAGUCUGCCCGAACUCCUCAACAAGCAGCUCCUGCAGGAAGGCGGUGGCCUUCACUCGCAUGGAGUAUUUCUAAACCACGCACCCGACGCGGCGACGAGGAGUGCGCCGCCCCCGACCAGAAUCCGCCGAAGGAGGACGACAAUAGCUGGGACUUUCGAAGCCGUCUUGAAGAGUUUGCGGUAACUCAGGCCGAGAAACUGCGCGAAAGGUUUCGGCCAACGCCAGACACGCACAGUCUGCCUGUCAUGGUAAUCCCGGCACCACCACGGAGAGGAGCAGCACUGGCUCAGUUACUGGAAGAGAGGGAGCCGGAACUUCAA